AUGCCGCCUCUGGAGAGGGUCCUGGAUGCCGGCCCCCAGAAGGCUGGUGUCAGGCCUCAGAAAUCCACGGCCCCGGGCGCCCUGGAGCCGCCGGCCUCGGUCGCGGAGGCCGUGUCAUCCCUGACCAUCGCCGACGCCUUCGUCGCGGCCGGCGAGAACCCCGCCCCGCCGCCCUCCGCGCUCAAUAGGAGGUUCAUCUGCUCCUUUCCUGACUGCAGCGCCAAUUACAACAAGGCCUGGAAGCUAGACGCGCACCUGUGCAAGCACACCGGGGAGAGACCGUUCGUUUGUGACCAUGAAGGGUGUGGCAAAGCCUUUGUCAGGGACUACCAUCUGAGCCGCCACAUCCUGAUUCACACUGGGGAAAAGCUGUUUGUUUGUACAGCUAGUGGUUGUGAUCAAAAAUUCAACACAAAAUCAAACUUGAAGAAACAUUUUGAACGCAAGCAUGAAAAUCAGCAAAAACAAUAUGUAUGCACUUUUGAAGGUUGUAAGAAGGCCUUUAAGAAACACCAGCAGCUGAGAAUCCAUCAGUGCCAGCACACCAAUGAGCCGCUGUUCAAGUGUGCCCAUGAAGGAUGUGGGAAACAUUUCACCUCACCCAGCAGGCUGAAGCGACACAGCAAGGUCCACAAGGGCUAUAUGUGUCAAAAAGAAUGUUCCUUUGUGGCAAAAACAUGGACAGAGCUUCUAAAACAUGUGAGAGAAACCCAUAAAGAGGACAUAAAAUGUGAAGUAUGCCAGAAAACAUUUAAGCGCAAGGAUUACCUUAAGCAGCAUAUGAAAACUCACGCCCCAGAAAGGGAUGUAUGCCGGUGUCCAAGAGAAGGCUGUGAUAGAACCUACACAACCGUGUUUAAUCUCCAGAGCCACAUUCUCUCUUUUCACGAGGAAAGGCGCCCAUUUACCUGUGAACAUCCUGGCUGUGGCAAAACAUUUGCAAUGAAACAAAGUCUCACUAGGCAUGCCAUUGUGCAUGACCCUGACAAGAAGAAAAUGAAGCUCAAAGUAAAACCAUCUCGUGAAAAACGGAGUUUGGCCUCUCGUCUCAGUGGCUAUAUUCCUCCUAAAAGGAAGCAAGGACAAGGCUUAUCUGCGCCUGAAACCGGACAGACACCGAACUGUACCGAAGACAAGGUGCUCUCGACUGUUGCGCUCCUUGCCCUCAACCAACCCUCCCACUUUGUCUAAACGAGACCACAGCAUUCAGCUCAAUUAUUUCCGCUAAGAAGCACACUUUUCUUUAUUAAAAUCACUGAUGCAC